CAUAACAUCAGUUUUUCACUCUACAGCCACUUGGUUUCUUUUUAGCUUCUCUCUUUUUUUUUUCUUUGAAUUCUCUGAUCUUUUGAGGUGAAAAAUGGAGAGAGCUAACGUUCGAUUAGCCGUUCUCUCUGCUCACUUGGCGGUGUCUGAUACCGUCGGUUUGGAGCAAGUGUUGCCGGCGAUCGAGCCAUGGUGCACAUCGGCUCACACGGGUGCUGCACCGUAUGGUUCCCUUAAGGGGUACUUGACCAUCGUGGAUGAACGUACUGGAAAGAAAUAUCAAGUACCAGUCUCAGAUGAUGGUACCGUCAAAGCCGUUGAUCUCAAGAAGAUAACGACAGGAAAAGGUGACAAGGGGCUUAAGUUAUACGAUCCUGGUUACUUAAACACUGCUCCUGUUCGAUCUUCCAUUUCUAUCACUGAUGGAGAUGAAGGAAUCCUACGUUAUAGAGGAUACCCUCUUGAAGAGCUGGCUGAGAGAAGUACUUAUAAUGAAGUUGCUGUUGAGUUAAUUUAUGGGAAUCUGCCUUCUCAAAGUCAGCUAGCUGAUUGGGAGUUUGCUAUUUCUCAGAAUUCAGCUGUGCCACAAGAAGUAUUGGAUAUCAUACAGGCCAUGCCUCGUGAGGCACAUCCAAUAGGAGCUCUUGUCACUGGGAUGAAUGCUCUUUCCUUCUUUUAUCCGGAAGCAAAUCCUUCUCUUAUGGGCCAAGGUGUUUACAAGUCACAACAAAUUCGUGAUAAACAGAUUGUUCGUAUUCUUGGAUAGGCACCAACAAUUGCAGCAGCUGCUUAUUUGAGGAAGGCAGGAAAGCCUCCUGUCCAACGUUUGAGCAACCUAUCUUAUGCAGAGAAUUUCCUCUAUAUGGUGGAAUCAAUGGGGAAUAGGUCUUACAAGCCUAAUCCUCGUUUGGCUCGAGUGUUGGAUAUCAUCUUCUUAAUGCAUGCUGAACAUGAAAUGAACUGCUCUACUGCUGCUUCUCUGCAUCUUUCCUCUAGUGGUGUUGAUGUAUAUACUGCUGUUGCGGGAGGUGUUGGAGCCAUUUAUGGUCCCCUUCAUGGUGGUGCAGUUGAGGCUACGAUUAACAUGUUAACAGAGAUAGGGACUGUUGAAAAGAUUCCUGAGUUCAUUGAAAGCGUGAAGAACAGGAAGAGGAAGUUGUCAGGUUUUGGACACCGCAUUUACAGGAACUACGACCCCCGAGGAAAAAUCGUUAAGAAACUGGCGAAUGAAGUGUUCUCCAUUCUUGGAAGGGAGCCUCUGAUUGAGGUAGCAGAUGCUCUAGAGAAGGCGGCACUCUCUGAUGAAUAUUUCAUCAAAAGAAAGCUGUAUCCAAAUGUUGAUUUCUACUCUGGCUUAAUCUAUAGGGCAAUGGGAAUACCAUCAUCAUUCCUGGCAACUGCGCGUAUCGCUGGAUACUUGGCACACUGGCGUGAGUCGUUAGACAAUCCUGAGACUAAGAUCAUGAGACCCCAACAGGUCUAUAACGGAGUGUGGCUAAGGCAUUACCAGGCAGUGAGCGAAAGAACCGAUCAGUGA